UGAGGGUGGGGAUAAUGAUUGGUGACCUCAGCAGGUCUCCACUGGGGCAGCCAUUCCUGAGGCUGGGCCUCCAUUCCAGGCUCUUCUGUUCAGGGGAAGCCUGGGCACCUUGUCAGGUGCCUGGCAGAGCAGCCGCUUCAGGAGCUGCCAUCGCAUCUGUGGUUGACCAGCAGCUUUUGUCUUCUCAGGCCCUACUGCCUUGUGCCAAAUCUGAGAGGGUGAGAGUACGCCAAUGUGCCAUGGAGAGGAUUGCCAACCUGAGCAAGGUCCUAGUCCCUGCUUCGCUGAUAGUGAGCUCAUCUCGAUACAGUGAAAGCGGGGACAGCAAUCGCUUCUUAGAAAAGAAGUCUGAGAUGCUCGUGGGGCAGCUGUUGGGGCACCUCAUCCUCUGCUGUGCUGAGGAGGAUCAGGACAUCAGGCAUGAUUCUAUGGAGGCUCUGCAUGACAUCCACAGGAUCCUGGCAAUGCGACAGAGUUACAAGUUUGGAUAUGCUAAUCUCGAACUAUAUGCGGAGAGUGAAUGCUGGGACUACUUCUGCGCCCAAUAUGCUGCCCUGAAUACACUGGUAAGCAGCUCAUCCCUUGCUGGGAUGCUUGACCCCUCCCCCCCCCGCGGCAGGAGGCUCACAUGAGCCAAUACUUCAGUAAGUGU